AAGAGGUCACAGGACACAGAGGAAUCCAUAGAAACAGGAAACGGAGCUUCCUCCGUCUAGUUUCAAAUACUCAAAACCUGUUUCCUUUCUCUACCACAAAUACAAUCUCACAAUUCAGCAUUUGCUACAGAUUCAUUGUGAAAGCAACAGCACAAAGUGAAGGAGCUUAGACAGCCUCUGCUGAGGAUGAUAUGAAAGAUAUACCGAUGUUCUUGCAAGCCAAGAGAAUGUGGGAGAUAUUUUUAAUACUACUUUUAUUGUCCUUGGAACAAUGCAGCACAGAAACCAACUCAACUGACCCAGCCUUGGUCACAACUUUGGAUUCUAAUACAGUGGAAGUAAAUCAUCCUGGCUUGACCAUUCCUGAAAUUCAGAGCCUUGGAGAUGUGCAGGCAACACCAUCGGUAUCAUAUUCCUCAGAGAAACCUCUGCUGAAUAUAAAACAGGAUGAACAGGACAUAAAACAUAGCACUUUUGUAGCCCAGAAGGACAUUCAAGUCUCACCAACUCCAGCUACAACACAGCAAGGAGAAAAUGUCACUCUUAAAACUCCUAGCAGAGAAAAUGACAGUGAUGGUGGUGUUACAAAUAGCAAGACAUUGAUCCUGUCUAAGACUGGAGGGACUGCAGCACAGAUCAGUCCCAGAAAGGGUCCCCUUGAAAAGGAAAUGACUAAAGGACCAGAUGUGAACAGAUCUUCCAGGCAGUCAGGCUACAGCAGCAACAGCCGCAAGCAGUCUAAAGAUAACAAAACCCCCAGCUUUGAAACUACCAGGGGAAAGAACUGGUGUGCCUAUGUUCACACAAGGCUUCAGCCCACCAUAGUGGUUGACAAUGUACAAACCUAUGCAUCAGGGAGAGCCAAGCCAUGCACUUGGGUUACUGGAACCUGUGGAUCAAGUUCCCAGUCAAGGACCCACCAAGUUUACAGGAUCAAACAUAUGAUAGUGACCUCACUGGAGUGGAAGUGCUGUCCAGGAUACAGUGGAGGAACAUGCCAGCCAACAG